UAAAAAGAAUGAAAGACAAGCCAUAAACUGGAAGAGGUUAUUUGUGACAUAUAUAACUUAAAAAGUAUUCGUGUCCAGAAAAUAUAAAGAACUCCUAAAAAUGAAUGGGAAAUAGAAAAACUACCAAUAGAAAGUGGUCAAAAGUCUGACAGGCACUUCACAGAAGGGGAAAUGUAAAUAUCCAGUAAACGAAACAAUGUUCAACAUCAUUGCAAAUCAGGGAAUUAAAUCCACAGUGAUACCCAGAGAUAUCAUUUGAAUCUUUUCUUCUUGUGUCAGUACCAUAUGAUUUUAAUUAUUGGACAAUAAUAGUUUAAUAUUCCCCCUCACUACUUUUCUGUUAAAAAAUUGUUUUUCCUCAUACAUUGUUUCUUCCAAAUUUAAGCAUCAUUUUAUCAAGUUUAAAAAAAAAUUCCAUUCUAUGUACAAUAACAUUAUUUUAAAAUGUACGUUAAUCCUUAGACAAUUUACUUGCUGGAUCUUUCUUGUGUAAGUUUUAUUAAUCUAUAUGCUGCAAAUAUCUUUAGUAAACUUUUAAUACAGUACAUAUGAAUGGUACCACAUAACUUCUUGCUGUUUAUAUUGUCUUUAAAGUCAUAUCCUUAAAUAUGCUAAUAGUCUGAAGAAAAGUAUUUUAUAUCAUGUAGCAGAACAUCAGAUUUGUUACAGUUUUAGCUAUUUCGUGGGAGGUUCUCUGGCAUGUUAUGCAGGGGGAAUGGCAGGAAAUACGUUUUAUGUUUAUUGUUAAAUUGUUUCAUUUGUUGAGCUUCCUCUAAAAGAAGUUGUAUAAAUGGGAGGGGAUCAAGGAAGUUUUAAAGAUUUAAGGUCUGAAGGAACAGAGAUGUUUUCAUGGGAAAUGUGUUUUUAUUUUAGUGUCAUAAAAUUUCCAAAUCCUAGAUUUUAUUAUAUGUGACAAUAAGACAGUAUGAAUUAUUGCUAGUGUAGCUGAGGUUAAUAACCUCCAUAAGCAUGAACUCCCAUGAUUUUAUUUAGAACCCCUCUAAGGUACUUAUCAGUAUUCUCCACCCCAUCUCACCCUCAUUAGACAUAUUAAAGGUACUUAAAAUCAUUUUUGUAGCUGCCUAAAUAUCUUAUAAUGUGGGCUCAUAAACUAAAUAGGCAAACAUUCGUGUUAUAUUAAAUGGCAGCUACACAGCAAAUCAGUGAGUGCAUUUUGACCAUCUUAACAAUUGAUUUUAUUAACUCAGAUUUAUUCAUUAAUAUUUAGAGAAAUAUGAAGUCAAGAAAAUUAAAAACAGUAUUUCUGAAAGAGUCUCCUAAAUCUAAUAGAGAUGGAAUUUUUUAAAGUAAAUAAGACAUAAUAUGGAUAUAUCAUUGAAGUUCAGUUUGAGUUUAUGUCAACAUAAAAGACCUUUUAAAAUCCUAUUUUAGGGACGCAUCAUAAGAUAAUGGAAAGAGCACAGGCUUUGAAGUAACCUGGUUUCCAUGUCUAGCUCUAACUUAGGAUAAAUUGCUUAAUCUUACUGAGCUUUAGUUUCCUUGUCUGUAAAAUAAGAUGAAUCAUUAUUUCAGAAUUACGUUGACCAUUAAAUAAGUUAACAUAGAAGCACUUAGCAUACUGUAUGACUUAUGUAAUAUACUCAAUAAGUGUCACUUCUGGUUUUAAAAUUAGAGGUGAUAUCGUUAAGCCCUUAUUAUAUCCAUGAAUAAGUACAUUACAUGGCUAUUUCUUAAUUCUUUCAACAGCCUUUUAAGGUUGAUUUAUUCCCACUUUACAAGUAAGGAACAUAAGGAUUAGUGGGGUUAACAUGCCCACUGUGAUGUAACUAGUAAGUGUCAGAUCUGGGACCCAAACCAAAGCCCUUUUUCUUAACCAUUGUGAUACACAUUGGUUCUUAGCAGUAGCAGGAGGAAUAAUGUACAUAUUAGAGACUUAGAUCUGGACUUGAAAGUCAUUUGGAAAGUAUAAUUGUGGUAGGGAAAAUGAAAGAAAGGGAAACAUCAAAGGAUUUCAGCAGAAGAAACUUUAAAAAGCAAUGGUAAUGCACAUCUGGUAGAUAUAGAAGAGUUCAGACAAGGGUGACUAGUGAGAUAUAGUAAAGGAAAGUGGAAUGUGUGAGUCAUGUAGUAGGCAGGUUUCCUUCUGGCAACUGUACACUUGCUUUAAGCACAGAAAAAAGAACAGAUUGCUGAAGAAACUGCCAUAGCAUUAAUAUAUGAGUCUGAUGAGAAUUUUCUCCCAUUUGAUUUUCUUUUUUAUUCUUUUUCCUUUCCAGAUGACUCAGGAUUAAAAUAUUUCAUCUGUCCCUCCCUUAUUCUCAUCUGACACUCAUAUCUUAGGCAUAUUUUCUGGGUUAAUAGAGAGUAGCUUGUUUUAAUCUACUCUCUCUUUUUUUAGUCUCCAUGGUUUGUUUGCAUCUAGUCAGGAAGCUAUCAUCUAGUUUAAAACUGAGUCACUGGAAGAAAUAGUUGUUUUAGUCUGCAUGGUAAGAUUAUGUAAUGUAAUGUAGAAAAAGUUUAUUAGAUAUGGUGUCUCAAUGCCUUCUCCAAAAGUUUACCACCAAUACUGCUUUCUCUUUUUUAACCAACAUUAUGUUAGUAUAAACUUCAUUUCUUUUCUCCUACCAGUCUUCCCUCCCUUUUUCUUUUGUAGGGAAAGAAUUUAAAGGUAAAUACAGUCUUUCUCCUCAAAGAAAACUUGUGAAGAAAUUUACAAUUUAGUAUCUAAUACAGAAAGUACUGUAGUAAGAGCAGGAAAAGAAAUAAGGGAACAUUAAAUUCUGUGGCAUGGAAGAUGGUGAUCCAAUUAAUUUACAGAGAAAUAUUUGAGCAGGUCCUUGAAAGCUUUUUGUUGGUGACAGAGCUAGGAAGGACAUUCCAGACAGGAGAGCCACGUCAGGAAAGCACAGAGCACCUCAGGUCUUUCAGUGAAUUGCAGCCUAAACAAGAGCUGGCCCUCUACAGGGUCUCAACAACUGUUCAUGAAAGAGGAGUUGUAGGCUUAACCUGCAGCUAGUAAUCAGCUGGUGACUAAAUUAUGCUAAGAAGGAAGCCCAUGGGGAGAAAAAAAAUUCUGCAGAGUACAGGUGAGCUUGAAGUCCACUGCCGGGAAGAAACUGAAUUAUACUCCUGUAGCUCUCGACCUUUGAGCAAACCUGUUAUAAAGAUAUCCACAUGGAUGGAAGUGGCAUUUAUUCCAGAGGUCACCCUCACUUGCUUAUUUCAGGAAGUUUUUCCCUCUGUUUUUUUAUUGUUUUAUUAUGCAGAUAUCCAUUGGUCCUUUCGGUAAUAGAUUGCAUUUAUUGAGCUUACCAUGUGCCAGGCACUGUUCCAUGCUCUUUACGCACUCCAUCUCAUUAACAGCUUUUUUCUUUCUUAUGAUUUUAAUAGUCUUAGCUUUAUUUGCCUUCAUUUUGAAAUCUUACCUAUUUUUAUUAAAUGUCUUUCCUCAUUUUAUUUUUAUUCUUUCUAAAAAUUUAGAACUUUUUAUUUUAUUAUUAAUUUUUCAUUUAAAAAUUCUUAUACUUUUUGUUGUGUUUUCUUUGGUUUUGUCUUUUUUUUAACCCUGUCUCUUAUCCUCUCUCAUCUUUUUAGCACAUUUGUUAUACUUCAAUCUCCUUUCUCCUCUUUUUACACCUUUUAUUUUAUAAUUAUUUUAUGCUACAGGAAGAAAGAAAUCUAUAACAGAACCUCAUCUGAAGACCCAUACAGGGUCAUUUCUGAAUAAACUUGUACCAUAAUUACUAUGAAUACUUGGUUUCCUAAUUUAGGAUUACAGCAGACCUGAAUUUCCUAUUUGGUAAAAAGUAUUGCUUAUCUCAAAGAAUAUAGCAGUUCAUAGGGAGAAAGCUUAACUCAGUGCUUCUGUAUUUCACCAACACUGUAUCCAUUAGAGAUGCUUUCAUAUCGGGUAAUAGCAAACUAACUUAUAGUAGUCUUCUUUUUCCGCAUUACAGAAAGUCUGAGUAGGCAUUCCACGACUGGUACAGUUGUGCCUUGAUGUCAUCAUGAAGCUGCCAGACUGUCUAUCUUUCCAUUUUUCAGUCCCUAGUGUAUUAGUGUAUCACCUCAUGGUUGUAAGAUGACUGCUACAGCUCCAGACAUCAUCGUCAGCAUUCAAGGUAGAAAAAGAUAAGACAGCACUAGCUCAUCUGAUCCCUUUUAUCAGACUAGGAAAAACUUUUCUGAAGCCACCCUCUACCUUCAUUCCCCCUGCAGCAGACUUUAUUUAUUUCAUAGAUCAAAACUAUCACACAGCACCCCCAGAUGACGGGGAAGUUGGAAAAGUUGACAGAUUUGCAAUGGAUUUAGAGCAGAGCCGAGAUCUGAACAACGCCAUAGUCCAUAUUGACAUGGAUGCUUUCUAUGCUGCUGUAGAAAUGAGGGACAAUCCAGAACUGAGGAAUAAACCCAUUGCUGUAGGAUCAAUGAGUAUGUUGUCUACUUCAAACUACCAUGCAAGGAGGUUUGGUGUUCGUGCAGCCAUGCCAGGAUUUAUUGCUAAAAGACUCUGCCCACAACUUAUUAUAGUUCCCCCAAACUUUGACAAGUAUCGAGCUGUGAGUAAAGAGGUUAAGGAAAUAUUUGCUGAUUAUGAUCCCAAUUUUAUGGCCAUGAGUCUUGAUGAAGCCUACUUGAAUGUAACGAAGCACCUACAGGAAAGACAAAAUUGGCCUGAGGACAAAAGAAGAUAUUUCAUUAAAACAGGAAACUCUGCAGAAAAUGAUAAACCAAGAGAGGAAGUUAAUAAAUUGAGUGAACGUGAACUAUCCAUCUCUCCACUACUUUUUGAAGAUAGUCCUCCUGAUUUGCAGCCUCCAGGAAUUCCUUUCCAAGUGAACUUUGAAGAACAGAACAACCCUCAAAUACUCCAAAACUCAGUUGUUUUUGGAACAUCAGCCGAGGAAGUGGUAAAGGAAAUUCGUUUCAGAAUAGAGCAAAAAACAACACUGACAGCCAGUGCAGGCAUUGCCCCAAAUACAAUGUUAGCAAAAGUAUGCAGUGAUAAGAAUAAACCAAAUGGACAAUACCAAAUUCUCCCCAACAGACAAGCUGUGAUGGAUUUCAUCAAGGACUUACCCAUUAGAAAGAUUCCUGGAAUAGGAAAAGUUACAGAGAAAAUGUUAAAGGCGCUUGGAAUUAUUACUUGCACAGAUCUCUACCAACAGAGGGCAUUACUUUCUCUCCUUUUCUCUGAAACAUCCUGGCAUUAUUUCCUUCAUAUCUCCCUGGGACUAGGCUCAACACACCUGGAAAGGGAUGGAGAGAGGAAGAGUAUGAGCGUUGAGAGGACAUUCAGUGAGAUAAGUAAUGCAGAAGAACAGUACAGCUUGUGCCGAGAGCUUUGCAGUGAACUUGCUCAAGAUCUUCAGAAAGCAGGACUUAAGGGUAGAACUGUUACCAUUAAGCUGAAGAAUGUGAAUUUUGAAGUAAAAACUCGUGCAUCUACAGUUUCACCUGUUGUUUCUACUGCUGAAGAAAUAUUUGCCGUUGCUAAGGAAUUGCUAAGAACAGAAAUUGAUGCUGAUUUUCCACAUCCUUUAAGAUUAAGACUCAUGGGUGUGCGGAUAUCUAGUUUUCCCAAUGAAGAAGAUAAGAAACACCAACAAAGAAGCAUUAUUGGCUUCCUACAGGCUAGAAACCAAGCCCUGGCAGCCACUGAGCAUAUACUAGAGAAAACUGACAAAGAUCAGUUUACAAAACCUCUAGAAAUGUCUCAUAAGAAGAGUUUCUUCGAUAAAAAAAGAUCAGAAAUGAAAUGGAAGCACCAAGACACAUUUAAAUGUGAAACUGUGAAUAAACAAAGUUUACACACAUCACAACCAUUCCAAGUUUUAAAGAAGAAAAUGGAUGAGAAUUUAGAAACAUCAAAGAAUUCAGAUAACUGUCAGAUAUUUACCUGCCCUGUUUGCUUUAGGGAACAAGAAAGCAUCAGUCUGGAAGCUUUUAAUAGACAUGUGGAUGCAUGUCUCGGUGGACCUUCAGUCAGUGAAGAUCACGCUUUCUCGUCAGAAGUUAACAAGGAAGAAAAUGUGCAUCAUUCUCUUUCAUUCUAUGAGAAGCAGGAUUCUGAAGCCCAUCAGAAGAAUAUAGAAAUCACUUCGGUAGACUGUGUAGAUUUGGUAGAGACUAUAGGUAACCUAACUAAAGCAGAAAGUAUAGAUGCUUUAAGUAGUAAGCACAGCAAAGAGGAAUGUUCUAGCCUUCCAAGCAAGGCUUUUAAUACUGAAUGCUUUCAUCAGAAUUCUUCUUGUACUGUUCCAUUGGAAAAUGAAGAUGGCAUAUCAUUAAGUAGGCAAGAAUCCCCCCAACCUUAUUUACAUGAAAUGAUAACAGACCAAGCUCUAGUUUGUCCUGUUUGUAACCUAGAACAAAAGACUUCAGAUCUUUCCCUAUUCAAUAUGCAUGUGGAUGUUUGCUUAAAUAAAGGUGUUAUCCAGGAACUGAGGAAGGAUAAAGUUAAUCCAGUUAGCCAACCCAAAGAAAGCUCAGGAAGUACUGGUAGCUCAGGCAGAGUACAGAAGCCUGUAACAAAAACAAGAAGGCCAGGACUGAUAACAAAGUAUUCAAGAUCAAAGAAAAUAAAGCCAAACAAUUCCACACACACCCUCGAUCUAUUUUUUAAAUGAACAUUGAACAUUUUUAUCAUUAAUUUUUUCAGUAAAACUGGUUGUUUUAUAAUCAGUGAGUUUAUUCUUCCCAUUAUAAGUUUGGAUAUUUAUUUAGUAGAAAGCAAGUGCAAUAAUCCCUGUCCAAAAGAUAUUUUCUUUCAUAUGAAUUUGGAAUAGAUACUGAUUUACUUCUGUCUACCUUUUUGAAAACUAUGAGAAUUUCACUUCCGAUAUACAUCAACUGAGAAUCAGUGAUGUUAGGGAUAAUUUAUAAAAAGAGAAACCUAAGAAUAGAAAUAGAAAGUGAUUUUUUUAUUAUUUUUUGUAAUGACUAUAAGAAUAUAUUUAAAAGGACUCUCAGAGGUUCACACAAACCUAUUCUAACCUAAGAAUUUUUUAGCACUUAUCCUUUUUGUUGACAUUAGACUAUUGUAUUUAAUCCUAGUUUCUUCAGGUACCUCAUGAGCUUUCAUAACUCAGAUUUAUCGUAAGUGCUAUGAAGAAUAUUAGCAGAAUUAGUAUGAGUGAUUUUGUACCUUCAGGAAAAUAUCACAAUAUUAUUUGUUAAAGAGAUUUUUACUUAAAAUAUGAUUGUUUUUCUUAUUUAAAAUUCCCAUAUCUCGUGAAUAGGCACUUGGUUCACUUUAAGCAAUAUUUAACCAAAGAUUCAAGGUAGUUAUUUUCUUAUAUAGGACUUUUAAAUGGCAAUAUUUUAUUUCUUGGCAGUUAUGUAGUUUCUUCAAGAGAAAAAUAUGUAGUUUAAAAGAUUAAUAUAUAUUAGAACAUCACUUUGUUAUAUUUUAUCAUAAAUAUUUUUUAUUAUUUAUGAAAGAAGACAGUUUAACAGUUUUAAAUGGUUAUUCCAAACACUUUUGAGCUGUCAAUAAGUUAGAGUUAUCAAAAGACAAUUAUUUAAUUGGAAUAUGAAGAUGAAAACCAAUUCUGUUAACGCUUUAGAAACUAAAUCUUUUGUUCUCAAAUUUUUUUGUUUUCUCUUUUUCUACUUUUCACAUUUUAACUUAUUAUCUAAGUAUAUAAAGAUAUAAUAUUUUUAGGGAUAGCUUAAAUUAGGAUAUUGCACAAUCUUUGGCCAAAGUGGUAACUUAACUUUUAGUUAGAUUAUUUAAAAUUAGACUUAAUGCUUAUUUUAUAUGCUAUCAUUAUACACUAUGAUGAAUACAAAAAGUUGUAGAGUUAUCGUUCUUGAUUGUGUGACUUAUAUAAGUACUGUAUAAAGUUAAGUUCAAGGAAAGACUGAUUUAGUGUAUUGGAAAGUAGAUAGCACUAUAUUUAAUUAUUUCUGUCCUUAGGAAUAACACAAGGGUACCGUCUAUGAUUUUGCUGGAGAUCCUAGCCAAUUCAGUAAAUAAAAAGAUGAAUAAAAACUGGAAACAAAGGAAGAAAAAUAUUUCCUUACUGUCAGAUGAUGUGUUUGUGUAUGUUAAAAAAAAAAAAUCCACAUUUAAUAAAGGAGUUCGGCAAAGUUUAUGGCUACAAGAUCAAUGUACAAAAUCAAAACAUUCCUAUACAAAGAUACUUUUAACUGUCCUCAUUUAAAAAUAUGUCUUUAUUUGCUCCUGCUUAUCUUUUAAUUUAUUCUUCCCACUGAUUUCCAUCACUGCCUCUGCCAACCCCAUCUCUAUCACUGAAUCCCAUCUACUCUUCUAGGGAAUCUUGAAAACAUCCAUUUCUUUCCAUUCCUUUUAUCAAGCUCUUAACAGUUGCCUGAACUCUGACCUCUCAACUCAUUUCUUAGCUUUCGAUUUCUUUCCCUACUCUAAACCAUUUUAUGCAUUUUUUUACAGAUUAACCAUAAGCAGUGCUUUCCUAAUAUCAUUCUUAUGUUAAAAAUAUAAAACUUCAAAAGCUCUCAACUCUCUCCAGAAUCAGCAGGGAACAAAGAGAGUUGAUUUUUAGCAUUUGAUGAUUUCUAUAGUGUAAAUACUCACACAAUGAUUUAUUUCAAGCUGCAGACAUGAUGUCAGCCAGGUCACAAAAUUCCUGAAAAUUUAGCGAUCAACUCUUGGAAACAGUACAAGCUAGCUCCCGCACUCUGUAAUG